UCCCCCUCCCCCUCCCCCUCUCCACCGAGGGGGCAGGGGGCUGGGCAGGAACUCUCUAUAAUGCCCCGCGCAGCCUCCAGGCCGGGCGGUGGGGACCGUGGCGGCAGCGAGAGGCGGGAGAGCCGAGUUGACCGCUGACCACUUGCCGGGCCGCUCCUCUUGUCUCCCUCCCUCCCUCCCCCCUCCCUCCCUCUCCCCCUCCCUCUCAGGGCUGGCACCACAGUCCCACCCCGCCUUCUCGGGUCCUCCCAGCCUCUCCACGUAAGCCCCCCCUCCCCACCUGCCUCUCCUCUCCCUCCCCUCCCCCACCCGCAUCCUCCUCCUCCGGUACCCUUUCCCUCUCUGUCCUCUUAUCAAGUCCUCUCCUCCUGUCUCGCUUCCAGCCCUCUGGCCAGCUUCCUCCCGCUCCCUUUCCCGGAUCCUCCCUCUACCCAGUCUCUCCCCAUUUCCCUAGUCUCAUCUAACUCCCUUUUUCCCUUCCUCUGGUCUGACUCGCCUGCCCCAUCCCGUCCCCGCCCUGUCCCCUUUGUGCCCCUUUUUCUUUUUCUCUCUCCCUCCCUGGCUUGGUGUCCCUUCUCCACCUCUAACUCCCUUCAGCUCGGCCUCCCUGUCCCCUUGCGGCCGCCAGCCUCCCUGCCCAAGGCCUGAGCCACCAUGCUGACCCCAAUGGUGGCUGGGGGGGUGGUGUUCCCCGGACUCUUUCUCCUCUCCAAGAACACGCUCCAGCGACUGCCCCAGCUGCGCUGGGAGGAGGCUGACGCGGUCAUUGUCUCAGCCAGGCUAGUGUCCUCUGUCCAAGCCGUCAUGGCCUCCACCGCCGGCUACAUCGUCUCCACCUCCUGCAAGCACAUCAUUGAUGACCAACACUGGCUUUCCUCUGCCUACACGCAAUUUGCAGUGCCCUACUUCAUCUAUGACAUCUACGCCAUGUUCCUCUGUCACUGGCACAAACACCAGGUCAAGGGGCACGGAGGGGACGAAGGGGGGGCCAGAGCCCCGGGCAGCAUCUGGGCCGUGGCGCGCGGCUACCUGCACAAGGAGUUCCUCAUGGUGCUCCACCACGCCGUCAUGGUGCUCGUCUGCUUCCCACUGUCGGUGGUGAGUCGGGGUGCCGAAAGCCAGGGCCUCCUGUCCUGCUCACGCCAGCGCCGCAGGAGCCCGGGGAGCCCUGUGGUCGGGUCCCCCAGGGGCAGGGCAGGCCCAGGAUGGAGAGUUCCUGCAGAGGGUUUUCUGAGCACCAGGCCAGCCCCAAACAGCGAGAGGGUCUGGGCGCAGCCUGGCCCGGGCUGGAUAUACCCGGCCGUGGUGCCUGGGAGCUGUGGUUGCAGGUCUCUGAGCCUCAGUUUCCUCGGCUGUAACAUAAGGUAUAGAGGCUCCCGCGCGGGAUGGUUGGAGGGAUACGGUGACGUCAUGCUCGCAGCUUGGCCGCUGUAUACUAGAGGUGUUCAGACCUUCCGAGCUGAGCCUCUCCAACAGUGGCCGCAGAGAAGAGAGGGAGGGAGGCCAGGGAGAGGCCAGGCUAGUUCUCCCUGUCCUCCGCAGGUGUGGCGUCAGGGCAAGGGCGAUUUCUUCCUAGGCUGCUUGCUGAUGGCUGAGGUCAGCACCCCCUUCGUCUGCCUUGGCAAGAUCCUCAUCCAGUACAAGCGACAGCACACUCUGCUGCACAAGGUGAACGGGGCCCUGAUGCUGGUCAGCUUCCUCUGCUGCCGGGUGCUGCUCUUCCCCUACCUGUACUGGGCCUACGGGCGCCACGCCGGCCUACCGCUGCUCGCCGUGCCCCUCGCCAUCCCGGCCCACGUCAACCUGGGCGCCGCGCUGCUCCUGGCCCCCCAGCUCUACUGGUUCUUCCUCAUCUGCCGCGGGGCCUGCCGCCUCUUCCGGCCGCGGGGCUCCACGCCGCCCUCUCCUUGUCAGACCCAGGACUGAGGGUGGGGCCGGGGGACCCUCCACCCCCCCACCCCAUUCCUUGGGGACGGGGCUCUGGGGCUGCCCGGCAGGAGGUGGGAGCCAGGGCCCUCUUGCCCUGGCGGCCCCAGGACCGACAACAGGUGCACUGCAAAGGGGCGGGACAUCUCUGCUCCCGGGCUGAGGGGCGGGGAGCCGGUGAAAGGCGGGGGGGGGGCCUCUUCUCCCAGCAGUGCCUGAGCUGAAGGUAGCGAACCCCUUCCUGCGCACCCCUUCUCCCAUCACCAACCCUGGGGCCCUGGGGAUGCAAAGGACAGAGGAAGGGGGCAUCACUUCCCAUCCACUGAGGGCUAGACGGCCAUGGGGAAACUGACUCAAGGGGACCAGGACUCCGAGGAUGUGGGGGAGGCCCUGCUGCCAAGGCCAUCCCAGCCCUGUCCCCCUGCUGCAGACUCCCCUCGGUUCCGCACCAUCUGAGAGGGAGGGGAUACCCUAACUAACCCUCCCCCCCCCCCGCCCCCGCAGGCCUUGCUUGGGGCUAGCUGCCUCCACUGCUCCUCUCUCUCAGGGAGGCCAGCCUGAGGGAUCUUAUUUAUUUUAUUUAUUCGCCCAAAUCCAUACUAGUCUGUGGGGGUGGGGGGAGGGAGGUGGCUGCUACCCCCAACCUUCCCAGUGCUGAGCAAUCCCGGGGGCAGGUGAGGGGGCACCCCGUCCCUUCCCCACUAGGCUGCAC